AUGGCGAAUGUGAUCACGUACCAGCAACUUAAGCAUCUUGACAACCAGGAAAGUGAACACAUCGCAACAUUUACCGCCCUUACUCGCAGAUACAAAGACAUCAUUCAGGACCAAGAAGAGCUUAUAGAACUUCUCCGAAACAGGACAAGCAAGCUGGAAGCAGUAAUCAAGGAGUAUUCAACUUUCGACGAUUCGGCUGCUGCCUCGCUUGCCCAGGAUGCACCACGGCUCAGAGCAAAAUUAGCUGAGCUUGGAGCAGCGCUCGUAGAGAGAGACAGUAAGAUCGAAGAGCUCAAGCUUCUUGUCGAGAAAGCUCGAUUAGAUAGGCACGCUGGUUGCACAGAGGAAAUCAGCAAACUUAAGGAGGAGGCAGCCUCAAUACGACUGGCAUCAGGCGACGAUAGCGUUUGGAGGUCCAGGUGGCAAAGAUCGGAGGAAGCUUUGAAGAAGGACAAAGCUGCUCUUGAACAACAGCUACUGAGCCUGAGGCGGAAAGUUGUAACACUUCAGGAGCGGAUCGAAGAGCUGAAGAGCGACCAGGUCGUGGAAGAUCUUAAGGAGUUGAAGCGUUUGGCGAAAGAUGCUGUUGCUGACCUGGAUCGAGCGACAAUGGUGAGCUGGGGUGAGAUGGGACAGAAGCUUCUUCGCCUUGCAGACUUUGCUGAGUCGCUCUAAGUUUGCUUGCCGAAGCAUGUAGCAGAUAAAACAGGAAAUUCGUGGAUGAAUCGACGAGGCUGCGGCUCUGCUUCUCGACGGGCAGAAUCUUGAUCAUUAGACAGAAGAGAUAGCUUCACUGUCCAGAUUUCAAAAUUCAACACUGCGUCUUCGUGAUGGCUCUUCACA